AUGAGUGGAGCAAGAGCAAUUUUAAUUGGUGGUACUGGUGCUACUGGUAAACCAUUAGUAAGAGAAUUAAUAAACUCACCACAUUUUAUUGAAAUUACAUCAUUGGUUAGAUCUGUAGAUUUAAAUGUUUCAAGUGAUAAAUUAAGACAAGUGGUUGUAGAUUUUGAAAAAUUAGAAAACUAUAAAUCAGAGUUUGAAGGUAAAGAUGUUGCAUUCGAUGUUUUAGGUACAACAAAAAAACAAGCAGGUAGUGCUGAAAGAUUUAUUGAAAUUGAUUAUGGUUAUUCAGCCAAGUUUUCAGAGCUUUCAAAAGAAGCAGGUGUUCGUUCAAUGCAUUUGUUAACUUCAACUGGUUCAAAUCCAAAUUCAUGGUUUUUAUAUCCAAAAACUAAAGGAAGAUUAGAAGAAAAGAUGAAGGCAGAUAAUUUCCAUUUCUUAUCGAUUUUCAGACCAGGUUUCUUAGAAAGACCAAAUAGUGAUAGAUUUGUCGAGAAUUUAAUUGGUAAAGUUAUGUCUGGUUUAAAAGUUGAAGUUCUUGCUAAAGCAAUGAGAAUCGAAGCUGAAAAAGAGCUUUUAAAUGUCUCAGAUAAAAAUCAAGUUAAAGUUUUAUCAAACAGCGAUAUUUAUAAAUUAGUUGAACAAGAAAAAUAA